UAAAAUAAAAUACAGUAUAAUUUUCGAUUUAAUAGUUCUUUGUUUUUAACUAACAAGGUUUUGUUAUAUAAAUGAAUUAAUAAUCAGGAAAACACAGCUUCACAAAAUAGAAUUGAAUUGUACACAAUUAGUGAACACAUCUACUGAUACUGAAGUAUUACAGAAAAAUUGAUCGUGUACAUUUCGGGCGCUCAUUUUUACUUUGUUUUUGUUAUCGAGUGCAUACGUAUCGGACGAACAUGAUUGGUCAGAAGUAAAAAUUUUUUGAAAAUCAAAUAUGGUGUUUCAACGCUUUAAAAACGCGCAAUUUUAUUCAAUUUUAGUCCGCCAAAUAAAAUUUUUAGUUAAAUAUUGAUUUGUGUAAAUAAUCCAGAUAGAUGUCUACGCAACUAUUUAUCUAUAAAUUAAAUUGCUCCUGUGUGGGGCGUGCCCAAAUUCAGUGAAGGCGGACAAGUGAAACAAAUUGCCAUUACUUGGCAAAACGUUUUGUUUUUCAAUAACUUCAAAUUUUAAAUAUCAGGAUGUCAAACACAGACUUUGAUAGUCAAGAUUUAGGUGGAUCAAGUGUAUUGGAUAGUGAUUAUUUGACUAUGUUGAGCUCAUCUGAUAAACUUAUGUCAGGAGAAUUUGAAGCUCUUGAAAGACUUCAAGCAGAACUAAAUUUAUUUGAUGAUCCUAAUCGUCCUGAAGAAAUUGUUGAACAAAUGGCUGUAGAAAAUCAUUUAGAUUUAAUUGAAGAAGAAGUAUGUAGUGAUAUAAUUGAUACUGAAGUUAAGACUGAACCAUCCACUAAUCCCAAAGAAGUAGAACCAAAAUCUGAAAUCAUCACUCCAUUUCAAUCACAGAACUCUGUUUCUCAAGCUAUCAAAGAAGAAAAGUUAGAAUCUUCAGGAUCCCAACAUGAUAAUAUAGUUGUUUCAAUAAGACAAAAACCUGAAAUUGUUACAGUUCAUAGUGCUACUAAAAGAAGUGCACCAAGUUCUUCUGGAAAUCAACCAUCAAAAAAAUCUUUACUCACCAAAGUAAUGGUAAAUAGUAUACCAAAUUUAAAUACUGGAAAAGGAACACAACAAAUAUUAUUGAAUGUUCCUGUUGGUCAACGACCUCAUUUGAGUACUGCUAGAACUAUAACAUUAACUCAAGCUCGUCAAAUGGGUUUACUUACACCUGGAUGUAGGUUACAACCAGUAACUACCAAUUCUAGUACAACACAAAACAAAAGUAUGUUAAUAAACAAACUUUCUGGAACACUAAAGAAAGUACCAUCUAAUUUGAAAUCUUCUGUGCCGACUAAAAUAUUGCCAGCUCCAACUUUAAUAACAACCAAAAAUUCAGUUAUACCACAACAAAAAAUAUAUAUUAGACAAGGAUCUGUUUUUAAACAAGGAACUAUUGUAACAACAAAUAAUGGUAAUAAUCAAGUUAUUAGACUACCUUCCAUUGUUGGUCAAGCUUCACCUGUACCAACUAUUCAACAUAUUCGAUUACCAACAGUUAAUGCUACAAACGUAAGUGGCUUACAACAGGUUAAAGUACCAAAUAAUUCAGGAAUACAACAAGUGCUACCAAAUAAACAAGUGCAAUAUAUAAGGCUUGUACCUACUAGUACAAGUAACUUGCCAUCUGCAGCUGUAUCUGUUGUAACAUCAACAGCAAGUUCAUCACUUAAACAACCUCAAAUAGUCACUGUAUCAGCAGGAACACAUAAAUCUAUUAUCAAAACAACACCUACUACUAAAAUUAGUUUAGCAAAUAAUCAGCAUUCACUUUCUAACCAUAUAAAAGUUCUUACAACUUCAUCACCCAAUACUGUUACACCCAGUCAACAACGACCUAUAUUACCAGCUAAUAAACCUAGUUGUAGUUUGCCAUCCGAAUCAAAAAAGUCUAAUAGUGAUGUAUCAACAAUAAGCUCAAUUACUUCAAAACAAGUAUCAACAUCAUCUAAAACUACUUUAAAAGUAGAAUCUAUUGACGAAGAAAUGUUAUCUAUAAAAGAUGAAAAUAAAGAAUUAAAUUUAACUCCAUCAUUACCAAAAAUUGGAAGACCAUCAUCUUCAACUACAACAUCAACUUCAAUAGAAUCUAAACCAAAAGUUAUUAAUGAUUUAAACAAAACCAAAAAACCUUGUAAUUGCACCAGAUCGCAGUGCCUUAAAUUGUAUUGUGAUUGUUUUGCAAAUGGUGAAUUUUGUUAUCAAUGUAAUUGUAAUUCAUGUUUUAACAAUAUUGAACAUGAAGAAGAUAGAGCUCAAGCUAUUCGUUCUGUAUUAGAUAGAAAUCCUAAUGCAUUUAGACCAAAAAUUAAAAGUUUUGUUGGUCAAGCUGAAAGACAACAUACCAAAGGAUGCAACUGCAAGAGAUCUGGAUGUUUAAAAAAUUAUUGUGAAUGCUUUGAAGCUCGUAUUGCUUGUUCUCAAAACUGCAAAUGUAUUGGAUGUCGAAAUAUAGACGAAGAUUCACAAAUAUCACCUUUUGGAGAUCAUUCAGGAUCAUUAAGUGUUGAUAAUUUUAAAUCUAGAUCAAAAUCGGCCAAUUUUGUUACAUCAUUUGGUAGUAUUCAAGCAGCUAAUAAUAUUCCAAGUCAACCUUUUAAAUUUUUUACUAAUGAUGUUGUGCAAGCUACAUGUCGAUGCCUUUUAGCUAGAGGAAUGGAAGCUAAAAAACUAAAUACAGGAGCUGAAGAAUGCCAACGUAUUAUUAUCGAAGAAUUUGGACAGUGUCUUGUAAAAAUUAUGGACCUUGCGUCUGAAAAAUCUUUUGCGUAGUAACUAAAAAAAAAUUUUUGUUUCAUAAUUUUUAAUAUUUAUUAUUUUAUCUACUCUAUUUAUAUUUUAUUUGUAAAUAAUAGCUCACAUUUCUUUAUUAAUAUUAUAUUUUUGUUUUGUGUUGUAAUAGUGUACUUUUUUUAAUUUUGUGCGUUUUAGGGUUAAUUAAUGUUUUUAUUUUAAAAUUUUAUUGAUUCGUGUGCUUCUUAAAUAAUUAAAAACAAAUAUUUUAUUUCAAUUUAUUACAGAUUUUAAUAUGUAUAUUAGAUCAAAUAUAAAAAACAAAUUACACUUGUUAUAA